AUGGACAGGAGUCAUGUGCAACCCAUCAAGCUUGCUAGGGCAACCAAAGUACUGGGCAGGACCAGUUCACCAGGACAGUGCACAUGGGUGUGUGUGAAAUUUAUGGAUGGUACCAGCCACUCUAUCACCCAAAGCAUCAAAGGCCCCAUUCUAGAGGGUGAUGUACUUACCCUGUUGGAGUCACAAAGAGGAGCUCGGAGCACCUGUCACGGAGACGGGAUGCAGGCUCAGCGGCCGCUUCCUCCUGCCCCCGCCGCCCAGCGGACCCUCGGCUCCCGGCAACGCGCCCGCGGCCCACGCCGACUAGAAAGCGCCCAUUGA